GCUCAACCAAUCCUUCUCAUCUUCAUUCCCAUUAACAUCACCAUCAUCAUCAAAGAUGGCCGACAACGAUCUUUCUGAUGUUCAAAUUGAGCAAUUGUUGAAGGAUGCUGAGGAGCGGAUGAGAAAUGCAAAGCAAGUCAUCGUGAGCGAUGACAGCUCUACCAAAUUUUCUCUUCCAAACCUUGGUAAAACUUCAACAUCUGCAAUCACUCCAUACAUCACAUCGACAGGGCACGUAGAUGCCUCUCAACUCGUACCCGCCAAAGACAGGAAACUGGCCAAUGGUGUGCGAACAGUGGAAGAUCCAAUUGUAACGAAAGCCAAAGUUGCAAAGGCAAAACAAGCUACUGCUGGAGCCAAGUGGUACAACAUGCCCAAGACUGUGGUUACUCCAGAGCUCAAGCGCGACCUUCAACUUCUUCGUCUUAGAAGCGUAUUGGACCCCAAACGUUUUUACAAAAAGGAUUCGGCAAGAGCGGAAGUUCCAGAGUACUCUCAAGUGGGCACAGUCAUCGAAGGUCCCACCGAGUUCUUUUCUUCUCGCCUCACAAACAAGGAACGCAAACAGACCUUCGUCGAACAAGUCCUUGCGGGUGAGAAGGCAAACCACAAGUUUCGCAAUAAGUACAAUGAUAUCCAAGCUGCAAAGGCUAGUGGAAAGAAAGAGCAUUACAAGAAGAUGAAGGCGUUAAGAAAGAGAAGAUGAGCGCAUUGAGAGGUCGGAAGACACCAUGACAAGUCAGCCUUCAGACUUGAUCACAAAUCGCAGACACACCUCUGACAUGAUCUCGAUGCCGAACCUUGUAUGCUUUACACAUUCAAGAACACCUCAGCUUUGAUCACAAACAUACCAAGCUACCUUGAUGAAUACCAGAGUCUUAGCCACAUUGCUACAGACGACUGUGUUUUGCAAUUUCUUUUUGCUAUUUUAUUGAUAUUCUUAGUAGGUACUACACUAUGUAAGGUGGUCUCCAUGAUACUUUGGCGUGCCACUGCAUAGCUUCGCACAGUAUGUGCAGAUCACCACUUAAUGUGACUGAUACCUCAGUGAAGAGAUCCCCAUGGGUUCGUCUCCUCUUCAGUGGGUAGAGGAGUCGAGAGUGUUCAUGGUACUUGAAAAGCUAAGUCCACUCUCAUUUUAUUUAUCGACAGACUUGGUUAUCCACCUAGCCAUCUUCACACUUUCCAGAAUAAAGAUGCAGCAACAGAGCAUGAUGCCUUCUUGUAUUCUUUAGAUACACUUGAGUACAUAGCAAAGAAAUGAAUAAAUGAAACUCAAUCAAAAUUAUCCA